AUGCCAGCCACUAAUCGCACAAUCCCGCAGGCGCAAAAGCAGGCCCUCAUACAGUCGCUCAACGAGCAUCGGAUCAACACCAUCGGUGAGCUUCGUCGGGUCGAAAGAGUGUUCGCUACACUUGGUUCUUCUGACCUUACGCAACCCAUGACCGCUGCUUACGAAGCCAAACGCCGCGUCCACGCCGACCCGGCCUCGAACCGCAGCUGGAACUACUGCUGGCUUCUCCUCGCCAAGACUCACACGGACCGCCUCAUCCCAGCCUACGCUCGUGCGCAAGCCGCAAGACCAGAGAUGUGGGGAGGUAGGAUUCCGCUGGCGGAGAGUGUCGCGCAGUUGACGGAGGCGUUUGUGAAGGAGUGGAGUGCUGCGCUGGCGCAGAUGCUGAAGUAUUGGGAGGAGGCGCCUGUGAGGUAG